AUGCGCUUACAAGAUGGAAACUGCGUAAAACAAAAUUACACAUACGUGUGGAAAUUGGAUGAUUCAACACCAUGGUGCAACUACAACAAGAAAGGACCGUACAACGCCUUUCUCACGCCAUCAUCCGUGGUUAUCCCGGAACUACAAUCAGCUUUUGUAUUCUCGGCACAUCCAAAGCAUGAAACAGAAGACUGUAUACCAAACGAGACGUACGACAUGGAAAACAAAGUUCGGCUACAGAUUUUAUCCAUAGAAGAACCAAUAAAUCAAAGAUUCAAGCGAGAACGAUGGCGAGACCCCUCAAAGAUGUCAGAGGCAGAUAGAAAAGCAUUUGAAGCAUUAAGCAAAGCUUAUGGACCACCUGAAGACCGCUUGAGUCCAGAACAACGCGAACUUGCUAGAAAAAUAGGAGAAACUCUGCAUGGCAGUACUACAACUCGAACUCCUGUGACAACAACUAGAAAAACGACAACUAUAAUGGCCACAACAACAGAGAGACCAAGAACAACAGAAAGACCAUCGACGACAAUGAGACUAAAAACAAGAUGGCAGCCAAGCAAAAUCGUGCCAAUACGAACAACUACUGCAAGGCCGUCACUAAGGGUUACAACCUCUACAACACAAAAAGUGCCUUAGUUAAAACUACACAAGUUACUACAGUCAGAGCUACAACAGAAGCACCUAGUACUACAAGACCAAUAGUAACUAAAAGUACUACAAAAGUAUGGGAACUUCAACCAAAUGUACCAACUACAACAAGUACAACAGAAACAGAGGCUUCGCAACAAGAUGAUUUUGCAAUUAAUGCUAAGCUAAAUUAUCUUACAGAAGUGAUGGAAAAACAACUUCAGAAAUCAUUGAAAGACGUUUGGGAAAAGAUUUGUCGAAUCCACAACGAACAAGUCGCUACAGCCAACGUACUGACACAGAUUGACGCUAAUCUAGCCGCACAAACGUUCUUUAGAAGAAAUGACAUCCAGACGAUAAGCGAAAACAACGAAUGGCAUAUUACUCGAUGUAUCACAAUAAUACCUGACAAGAUAUACUGGAACAGACAAGUCGGAGAAAUCUGUUAUGCACAAUUGCCUAUAAAGCUGAAUGAUACAUUAUUCUUUGUCGUCAAAAAUAACGAAGUCAGUAGAAGAGGAGAAGUCAUAGAGUGCGACUAUACUACAAUAACAGAAAAUGCAGAAUUUAAGUUAACAGACUUCGCUGGUUAGAAAAUAAAAUUUACAACACAGUCCAUAUACGAGAAAGAAAUUAACGAUGCUGAGCGUAUCCUACGAAUAAACGAUUACUCUAACAAGGUAUUCGACAUAGAGGAAAGCUUGGAUCAAUUACUAGAUCAAAAGCCAACCGAAAGCGACUUAAACGAAUUAUUGGUGGCUACAGCUGACAUAGUAAAUGAAGCAUCAGAACCAAUAGGAGAAUGGAUUAGCAAAAAUUGGAAUGAAGCUAGCCAAUUUGUAAACAGACAUCAGAUAAUGGUAACCUUACUUUCAAUAGCAAUAAUUGUAACAACACUUACAAUCUACAUUCGUAUGAGUUGCCCACUAAACCUGAUAUCAAACCCCACGCCGUUAGCUAUCAACGCAGUAUUGCCUGACAGUCAAAGACCAUUCACUUUUACCGACAAAGACAUACCGAGCGUCUAUUCAAUAUCCAAAUACGGAAGACAACCGACAGUAUCACUGCUACUCAACAAGCAACCGAUACGAGGGCUCUUAGACACAGGUGCUAGUGUUAGUUACUGUCCAGAAGCAAUAGCGACCCAAUACAAACUCAAAGUGGUUAAAAACGACUUACCACAAGGUACAACAGCUAACGGUACACCAGUACAGUUCAUUGGCCGAUCUCAAGUUCAACUGACGUUUGGAAAUAUCGACCUCGAAGCCACGUUGUUAAUAUCGCCAAACGGGCACUGUCCAUGUGAUUUGUUGAUUGGAACAGACACAUUUACCACUUUGGCCAAAGCAGGACACCAGCUCAGCCUAGAUUUUAUGACCAAUACUGUAUCCACCGGACAGUCAAAAAUCAAAAUACAGCAUGCAGAGAUUUAGAACAAAUCGUACUCCAAAAUUCAAACGCAUUUGUUGGCCCAGACGGCAAAACCGGACGAUUUAGAGGACAAACUAAACAUUUCGUGCAUUUAACCGACGAAAAGAAAGUACCAAAAUGUCGACCGUACAGAGUACCGUACGCCCAACGAGAAGAAGUCGAACGGCAACUACGAGAUAUGUUAAAGCAAGGGAUAAUACGACCAUCUCAGUCACAGUAUGCUUCACCAAUGGUCCUUGUUAAAAAGAAAGAUGGAAGCUUAAGAUUAGCUAUCGACUACCGCGCCAUCAACGCUAUUACGAAAAAAGAGUACUACUAUUUGCCUAAAAUCGACGAAAUCCUAGAUUCUGUUGGAGGAAAGAAGAUCUACUCAACAUUCGAUCUUAGCCAAGGAUUUCAUCAAGUACCAGUACACCCGGCACAUAUUCACAGAACCGCAUUUACCACAUUUAGUGGGUUAUUCGAGUAUGUAACUAUGCCAUUUGGUAUGGUCGGAAGCCCACAAACUUUUGUCAGAGUAAUGAAUGAAGUUCAACAGUAUCUACCAAAAGACUUUGCAAUACACGUUGAUGACAUAAUACUCUCGUCGCCAAACAAAACACAUCAUCUACAGAACAUUAACAAAUUUUUGAAAGUCAUACAAAAAUUUGGAUUGAAACUCAAGUUGAGAAAAUGUGAAUUCGGCAAAAAUUCGUUAAAAUUUCUCGGCAUGAUAAUUGGUGAACAUGGCAUAAAACCAGACCCAAAGAACAUUGAAGCGAUCAUGAAGUUUUCAAAACCACAAACAAUGACAGAACUAAGAAGCAUGAUAGGUGCCUUAACCUACUUCAGAAGGUUUGUACAAAAAUUCGCACCAAAAAUGACCCCAUUUUACAAUCUAUUGAAAUCUGGAGAUGUAAAAAGAACUGGAAUACCGAACACGAUGAAGCUCUCGAAACAAUGAAGAAAAUCUUGACGACAUCACCUGUUCUGAGGUCACUCAAAACUCAAUAAGCCGUUUCAAAUCGAAACUGAUGCAUCAGCAGCCGCUAUGGCAGCUGUACUACUACAACAAGACGAAGAAACAGGACUUUAUCAUCCGAUCUGCUUCGCAAGCAGAAGGCUAACACCAACAGAAAGUCGUACCACUCUUUGGAACAUGAAGCAGUAGCCGUUAUAUUCGCGCUAGAACAAUUCCGCCAAUACAUCUUAGGCCUAUCAGACACCGUAGUCAAAACCGACAACAGUGGAGUCACAUCGCUUUUGAGAAAUCAAAACACUACCGGCAGACUAGCACGAUUUAAAAUCCUAAUACAACAGUAUGCCGUAACUAUCGUACACCGAAGCGGAAUUGUUAUCCAAGUGAAUAAGCCAGAAUUCUUUGAAAAUCGAAUAACACUUGACGAACUAAAGACAGAACAACAAAAAGAUACAUUCGUACAAAAACUCAAACAAGAAGCCAAUACAGAAUCUUCAAAAUUCAUAACACAAGCAGGAUUGGUGUGUUUGAAGCCAAAAGGACAUGAACCGGCUAGAAUAGUACUGCCUUCAACAUUAAGCAGAAAGGCACUACGAGAACUUCACAACAGCCCCUUAUUCGGAGGACACUUUGGCCGAAAAAGAACGACAGAAAAGUUCUCAAGAGUCUACUAG